AUGUCAGUGACAGAUUAUACCAAUCGGUUUGAGAAACUAUGCCGGUUUUCUAGAAUUUGUCACGGUGCUCCGGAGGAUUUUGAAGAAUGGAAAUGCAUAAAAUAUGAAGGUGGUAUGCGGAGUGACAUUUUGAGUACAGUGGGUCCAAUGGAGAUCAGAAUAUUUUCUGAAUUAGUAAACAAUAGCAGAGUUGUCGAUGAUUGUGCGAGAAAGGCAGCAUUGGACAAGGGUGAUCACCGAACUUUUAAUAACUUUCGAGGAUUCAAUAAUAACAACAACCAGCGAAGAGGCAAAGGAAGGCAUAUUUGGAAUCCUCCCAACAACUUGACAUGUAGGAGAUGUGGGGCAUAUCAUCCUAAUUCUCCAUGUAGAGCUAGAGUAGGUGUAUGCUACUACUGUGGUGGAGCCGAACAUCUGUCUUGGAAUUGUCCAGAGAGGAAGAGACAGGAAGCUGAGAAAGUUCAGCAGCAGAGACGUGUGUUUACCAUAUCGGCGGAUGGUGCUGAGAGGUCAGACACUCUGAUCAGAGGUAAAUGUGAAAUUGGUGGUACAAUCUUAAUUGCUUUAUUUGAUACUAGGGCAUCACAUUCAUUUAUAUCAUUUGAGAAAGCUAAUGAGUUAGGAUUGAAGAUUACCAUGCUAACAUAUGAUUUGCAUGUACAUACUCUUGCCUCUGAGACCGUCGUAACUAGAUUAGGUUGUCAACAAGUUCCGUUCCGAAUUAAGCACCGAAUUUUUGUCCAUGAUUUAAUUUGUCUACCGAUGACUGGCCUCGAUCUCAUUCUGGGAUUGGAUUGGUUAUCAAAGAAUCAUGUUCUACUCGAUUGUUUUGAAAGAUCACUGUAG